GAAACUCCCACACCGAGACAAUCCAAUCCGAUGAAAGCUCUCCUCAACCCCGAACCUUCCUUCUCCAUCUCCUCGCUUCAGAUCAAGAGGUCUACCUACUCCGACGCCCUGCCUCCCUCAUGCCUCCGGUUCCCUUUAACCAAUUUCAACGGCCGUUCGUGGCGGCGGAAGCUGCUCCGCCCUCACGGUGGUGGUUUGAAGAUAAAAGCAGUGUUGGACUCUGCAAUGAUGGAACAGUUUGGGCUCAAGGAGUCUGAUAUCAAGAAUCCAGCUCUCUCUUCCACUUACCGUAGAUCGGAGAUUCCCAAAGCUAACCCUACCGUUCUUGACGCUCAAGCUAGGGUUUGCACCGGACCUACUCAGACAAGACCUCUCAGUGAAGAACAGGCUUUCAAGGUGUUUGAUACUAUACUCAGAUCAGCUAGAGGGGAACUAAAAGGAGAAGAACCUGUGUCAAAGGCCCAGCUUGGUGCAUUCUUUGCUGGGAUGACAAUCCGUGCAAACGCAUUUCCUGAGGAGACUCAAUGGAGCGAAGGCGAAAAGCGAGCAAUGGAUGUGUUCUGGCCACUUCUUGUUCGGGCGCUACCUCCUGAUGUGCUCUUCAUUGCAGACCCUGAAGGAUCCCUUUUGGGAACUGGCAACUCUGUUGGGCCAAGUUUUGUCGGCAAUGAAGCUAAGGAGAUGAGGUUGGUUGGUGCGUUGAGAGAGGUUUUGGCUGGAGGUCAUCUUGGGUAUGAAGAGGUCAAGGGUGUUUUAAGAGACGUUCUGCCGCUUGGAAGUGAAGAUGGGGGGUUAGCCUCUGGAGUGAGUGAGUCGUUGCUUUCUGCGUUUUUGAUUGGUCAGCGUAUGAAUAGAGAGACGGAUCGUGAGCUUAAAGCUUACUGCCUUGCGUUUGAUGACGAGCUUGGGGGUGCUCCUGUUGCUGAUGUCAAGUCGUUAACUCAUUAUGGGGAGCCUUAUGAUGGAAACACUCGGUUCUUUCGGAGCACGCUGUUUGUGGCUACUGUUAGAGCUUGCUAUGGUGAAUCAUCACUGCUCCAUGGCGUUGAAUGGAUGCCUCCAAAAGGGGGUGUGACUGAGGAGCAAAUGCUGAAGUUUAUGGGAGCAAAUACAAGCUUGUCUGUUCACCAGGCAAAAGAACUCAUCGAGGAUGAGAAGGCUGGAUUUGCAUAUCUGAGUCUACGGGAAGCUCGACCAUCUUUAUAUUCGCUAGUGGGAAUGAGGGAGCAUAUAAAGAAGCGUCCUCCUCUGGCAACAACGGAGAAAGUUCAGCAGUUUGUGAGGGCGACAGGGAAGGAAUCAAUAGUGGCGGGGUUUUACCAUGAAGGCUACGAAGAGCCUCUCCUAAUGCUUAUGAGAAGAAGAGGUGUCCAUUCUGGUUUGGUCGUUAAGGGAGAAGAAGGGGCACUCUCAAUGACAACACGUGUGCGAGCUGCAACUGCAUCAAAAGGGUUUCCAGUUAACUACUGUUCUGGUUUCCGUUCUUUGAGUUCAGAAACCGCUCUAGAAGCUGACGGGGUGUCACGUCAGAGUUUCAACCUUGAGGUGGAUGCAAGAAACUAUGGGUUUGAGCCAACAGAGACUCCAAGAACUGAUCGUUCGGUGUCCAAGAACAUAGAGCUGGGUUUGGCAGCACUUCGUGGUGAGAAAGGAGCUGCUUAUGAUAGAAUCGUGCUAAAUGCUGGGAUUGUAGAUCAUUUAUUGGGAUCUGAAGGUGCAGAGGAUGUGGCUGUGGCUAUGGAGAGAGCAAAGGAAGCUAUUGACAGUGGGAAGGCUCUAAAGAAGCUUUUGAAUUACAUUGAGUUCUCACGCAAGAUGAAAUAGUUCCAACAACAGUCUGGAGUCUUGACAUACACGGAAUAGAGAAUUGCAUACACCUUUUCCUUGAAUCUUUUUUUUUGUGGACAAAUUAAACUCUCUAAGUCUGGAGUGUUGCAAACUGAGUGUUGUUUUUCUUACAGAGUGGACACAUAAGAUAAAAAUGCUUGUGGGGGCUUUUCUGUGGAUAGUUGGUGAAUGCUAUGUACAGAAUCUGGAGGAGAAAUGUUUAUUUCUCAUGUGUGUGUGUUUUUGUUUAGUGAUUCACAAGAAUUCAGCUCAUAUAGGUGUGCCAGCACAACAUAUAGCAAGAUGAGCUUCCCUGUAUCAGUUCCAAGAAAAUAAUCCUUUUUUUUUGUGUUUCAUUGGUCUAUGAAAUUGCUUUGUGGGUG